CCCAUGGCAAUAUGUGGGUGGGAGGCAGAGAUGGGCCAGUUUACUGCCCAUGAGACUUUUGGGGCCCAAACUAUUGCCAUUGGGAGUAGAAAUUGUCCCGGCAUCAGUGAGAUUAAACAAUGCAUCUUUAUUAUCAGGGGGAGGAAUAGCGCCCUUUCAUUGUGUAAGUGGGAGGAAUAGUGCCAAAUUGUUGGUGUCAGUAGGAGGAAUAGUGCCCAGUUGUGUCAGUGGGAGGAAUAGUGCUGCAUCAUUGGUGUCAGUUUGAGGAAUAGUGUCCUAUUGUUGGUGUCACUGGGGGGGAAAUAGUGCCCCAUCAUUGGUGUCGGUGGGAGGAAUAGUAUCCUAUUGUUGGUGUCAGUGGUGGGAAAUAGUGCCCCAUCAUUGGUGUCAGUGGGAGGAAUAGUGCCCCAUCAUUGGUGUCAGUGGGAGGAAUAGUGCCCCAUCAAUGGUGUCAGUGGGAGGAAUAUUGCCCCAUCAAUGGUGUCAGUGGAAUAGUGCCCAAUCGUUGGUGUCAAUGGGAGAAAUAG